UUCUCGAGCCUGUCAGCAGCUCGUCAUCACUCGUGUACUGCCUGUGCGUGCACGGCCGCAGGCGCGCCGUUCAGGGGCCGGCCAGGAAAAUCUCAGAAGACCAAUUUCAACACACACAAUAAAGAAAAGGGGCAGCUGACGUGUCUCGCCAUAACGUGACGUAUACGGCCCGGAGGCGUCACAAUUGACGUUUAUUGCAUUCCAGCCGCACUUAUGGAGAUACCGGCGUUCCUCCUAUAGGCGAGCAGCUUUUGCAAACACCCGCCCCCUUCUUAAACAUAAAUGACGUUCACAAAGUGAGGAAUUGUACUGAUAUCUGUCUGCACAUAAACAAAGGCACAUUGCAAUCGGAGGAGCGUUCACAACACAGACAAGGAACUGAGGAAAGAGUUUCAAACACUUUUCGCCACCGAUGAACUCCUGUGAAGAAAAUUCCGGAUCGCAAUAGAACUAAUUCGCUUACUGGCAGUAAUAUUUUAAAGACAACUGUCUCUGUGAAUUAUCCAUGACUGGGACUGGACGUCUACUCGUAACUUGGAAGGCAGUUUGAUUACAUGUAAAGACGGAACCGUCACAGCAAUCAAAUCUUGGUUCGGAAGAGCUUCCCCCACCGAGCCCGAAUACCGAGUCAGGGCAGCGGAGUGCCGAGAGCAGCCAACCCAGUGACAGCGCAUUGACAGCGGCCGAGCCCCUGGCAGCCUACCGAGCCAACAUUCAGCGAGCCAAAUAUCUCCCUUCCUCAGCACACACAGAUAUGCCCUGUGUGCAAACUCAGUACAGCUCGUCGCCACAAGGUGCCAGUUUCGCGGCUCAGAGUUACGUUUAUGGUGGAGAUUACAGCUCUGACUUCGUGCACACUGAAUCCCCCUACAUGAAGUUCGGCGUGGACAUGGGCAGCACUGAGAUCACAGCCACUACAGCCCUGCCCAGUUUCAGUACCUUCAUGGAGACGGGCUACUCCGGCAGCUACGAGUUCAAACCGUCCUGUGUGUACCAAAUGCACGCUUCCUCUCAGAGACCCCUCAUUAAACUGGAAGACCCCUCCCAUCACGGCUACCAGCCAUCCAUCCAGCACCAAGCCGAGGAUAUCAUGCCGUCCACCUCUGUUUACUUCAAGCAGUCUCCGCCUUCGACUCCUACAACACCACAGUUCACAACUCCGCAGGCCUCUCUUUGGGAUGAACCUCACACUUUGGCCCCAGUGACCCAGACUUGUAUGACCUCGGGUCAUAUCUUGGAUGCUUCCCUGAAGACCACGCCACCGAGAUUCCCAGUAUUCGCCUUCAAACAAUCUCCGCCGCACACUCCAGCCUCCAGCAGCCAUGUGUGUUAUGAGCCCACGUUGAACAUGCCAUUGGGAGCUGAUAGUACGUCCACGCAGUCGGUAAUGGACACGCAUCAGUAUUCACUGCACUUGGUUAAGGGGUCUGGAUUGGGCUUCCACCCAUUGCCUGUUAGCCAGAGUACCCAGAGCCUCCCUUCUCCCCCGAACAGAGGCUCCUCCUCUGCAGAGGGGAUGUGUGCUGUUUGUGGAGACAAUGCAGCGUGUCAGCAUUAUGGAGUCAGGACCUGCGAGGGAUGCAAGGGAUUUUUUAAGAGGACAGUGCAAAAAAAUGCAAAAUAUGUUUGCUUGGCAAACAAAAAUUGUCCCGUGGACAAGAGGCGGCGUAAUCGAUGCCAGUACUGCAGGUUCCAGAAAUGCCUCAGUGUGGGGAUGGUUAAGGAAGUGGUCCGUACUGAUAGUUUAAAGGGGAGAAGGGGUCGUCUGCCCUCCAAACCAAAGAGCCCUCUCCAGGAACCAUCACCACCCUCACCCCCGAUUAGUUUCAUGAAUGCUCUUGUGCGGGCACUUGUAGACACCACUCCCAGCAGUCAUAAUUACUCUCAGUUCUGUGCUACUGAGCAGCCAACAGCUGGAAAGGAUGCUGAGUAUGUGCAUCAGUUCUAUGGGCUCCUUGCUAGCUCUAUGGAGGUCACUCAGAGCUGGGCUGAGAAAAUACUAGGGUUCAGUGAUCUUCCUAAAGAAGAUAAGGCUCUACUCAUUGAAUCUUCUUUCCUUGAACUCUUUGUACUGAGACUUUCUCACAGAUCUGCUCCAGCAGAGGAUAAGUUUGUGUUCUGUAAUGGACUUGUUUUGCAUCGACUUCAGUGCCUUCGUGGAUUUGGUGAAUGGCUUGACACAAUCAAGGAAUUCUCUACAAAUUUACAAAGCCUUAAUUUUGAUGUUUCAACUUUUGCAUGUCUAGCAGCUCUAGUUAUGAUCACAGAUCGCCAUGGGUUGAAGGAACCAAAGAAAGUGGAAGAAUUGCAAUCCCGGAUCAUCAGUUGCUUGAAGGAACAUGUAUCAUUCAACAGCCCUGGAGAAAACAAAGGGCAGCCGUUAUCCAAGGUAGUGGCGAUCAUCCCUCAGCUGCGUUCUCUCUGUACGCAGGGGCUCCAACGCAUUUUCUACCUAAAACUCGAGGACCUGGUGCCACCCCCGGCCAUCAUCGACAAACUGUUUCUGGAUACACUGCCUUUUUGAGAUGUUUUACCUCUUUUGCUUUCCCUGACAAUAACACACUUCUGUAACCAAGUGGAUUGUGUAUAGGGGAGAAUAAAACAGCUGGUGCUCUGCUGUCUGUACCCUACAAAGCAGCUCUUAAUAUCCAUAUCCAAGAAUAUUUCCUGGUUCUUUAUUCUGAAGGACCCUAUACGUUAAAAACUCUUGCUGCUUUUGGGAAUGCUGAGGUGGCACCUUGAGAACGAUGCCUGAUAGAAGUGAUUAUCUGACUCUUUUUUUCGGUCUGUAAUUUGUCAUCCCAAAAUUCUUGGGUGACUACUAUAACUUUUUUUAAAAAAUGUUAACAACAAAGUUGUUACAAAAAUAGUAUGCUUUUUAUUGUGAUUGAUGCCUUUAGUAUAGCUCCUGAUGUGUCAUAUGUACAGCAAGUGGUGGUGAAAGGAGUCACCGCUGAUGAAAAGCUCUGUUUUUAGAAUGCAGUGAUGAAAGGCUGUUGGCUCACAUGUCCAAGUGCAAUUUAUUUGAAAGUGCUACAACUUCAAGAAGUUUAUUUUGUUGGUUUUGUUUUUUUUUCGAACUCUAAUUUAUUGUAAUACUAAAAGAAUUUGAUGAAAUAUAAGAUAUUGCUGGCACUAACUUUACUGACAAAGUUACCUGAACUUGAAUUAUAGUGAUAUAUGUACUGAUGAAAGUACAGUUGAUGCAGGGACACUUUGUGAACCAGAAGAGCACCUACAGAUUGCAUAGGAAGAAGAAUAUAUAGGGAGUCAAGGGGUGGGGGGGGCUUCGAGAAACACAUUUAAUUUUUACAAUCUUUUGUGAAGUGUUUUAAGGAUGAUCAUGUACAGUUUGGACAGAAGGAUCUUGAGAUACAAGAAGAAUCAAAUAUUCUGUCAGAAUUAGUUGUUCUACCAGCCGACUUUACAAAUCCAGCAGUUUCUACUGAAUACUGUAGUUGUCAGAAUGUAGGUGCUAGUAGGAUGCAGGUCAACUGCAUUAAACAUUCCGUGUUCGUAAAAGUUUUUUGUAUGAUGUUUAUACUGUUGAUGCCAUAUACUAAUACAAAAUACUUUUGUUGCAUAACAUCUUUUCUAUAAAGAUUAUAUGCAUGUUAUUGUAAUGGCUUUGCCUGUAUUUAUUGCAACAAUUGCUGGUUGCUUAGAGUAACUCUGCAGGCUGAAUUCAGGAACCCUAGCUGUUAAAGGGGCAGUGCCUUGUGUUUGACAACAGAGUGAAUUCACAAACCAUCUCUGUGCUCCCUCAGCAUCCAAUAGUGUUCUGUUGUGUUAGCCUGUGUGUUUUCAAAUGUUGAGUACAUUGUACAUAGAUAUGUAAAUUAAAAUAUUAAAUUGA